GGGUCGCACGCAGUGACCUGGCUGACGCCGGCCUUGCAGCCCGUGGCCUUCACGUCCGGCUCGGAGGACGCCCACUUCCGUGUGCUGCCAGAUGGGCGUCUGCGCCUGCGGGGGGCACGGCGGGCCGACGCAGGCACGUACACGUGCGUGGCGGGGCGGGGCCGGCGCGCCACCCUGCGCCUACACGUGCAGCUGCGGUCACCGCGCAUCCGGGUCACACCUGACAUCCAUGAUGACGUGAACGAGGACAUUCGGGUCUCCCCCGUGGUGCGUCUGCGUGUGCGCUGCCAGGCGGAUGGCGUCCCCGAGCCCCGCCUGCUGUGGGAACUUCCGGGCGGGCUGGUACUUCCAGUCCCGUAUCGCAGUCACACGGGGGGAGGGAUCAGCGUGGAUGCUCGUGGGACGUUGGAAAUCCCGGAUGUGCGUGCGCUGCGCAGCGGUGGCAGCUACGCCGUGGCAUGCGUGGCGCGCAACCCGGCAGGAGAAGCCCGGAUGUGGGUGCGGCUGCCGCCAUGGUGGGCGCGGGCUCUGCCCCCUGCGGUGUCGGCUCUGCCCUCUGAGGCGUUGACUCCGCCCCCUGUUGCACCGGCUCCGCCCCAUCACGCGCCUGCCCCGCCAUCUUGGGCGCUGACUCUGUCCACUGGUGCGCUGGCUCCGCCCUCUGAGGCAGCUCCGCCCCCUGGCCCGCCUGCCCCGCCAUCUUGGGCGCUGACUCCACCCCCUGACGCGCCGACUCUGCCCUCUGAGGCGCUGACUCCGCCCCCUGGGACGGCGUCGGAGGCGGCGCUGCGUGUGGUGCUGGGCGGCAGCUUCCGGCUGCGCUGCCCCACCUCCACGCUUCCGGUGUCCUGGCGCCUGCCCGGCGGGCUGGUGCUGCGUGGGCCGCAGAGGCGAGGCCGCUUCACGCUGGGCGCCGACGGCAGCCUGGAGGUGCGCGCCGCCUCCGAGCGGGACCGAGGCACCUACAUCUGCCAUGCCCACCCCGGGGCGCUGCCCGGACACGCCCCCCGCGCGCCGGAGACCAGGAUGUUCAGCUUCAUUCCCGCCACUAGGCCGCUGGGUGCCAUGGCAAGGCAACAGACUGAGGAGACCCGGAUGUGGGGCUUCAGUCCCGCCGCUAGGCCGCGGCGUUCGGUUGCAGGGCAACCAAGUGAAGAUACCAGGACGUUGGGCUCCACCGCAGCAUCUAGGCCUCUGCGUUCGGUUGCCGGGCCACAGACCAAGAAGACCCGGAUGUGGGGCUUCAUUCCUGCCUUUAGGCCGCUGGGUUCGGUUGCCGGGAAAGUGCGUGAGACCCGGAUGUCCAGCUCCAGCAAGACUCUUGGGCCCCAGCCAGAAGAUGCCCGGAUGUGGGGUUCCGAACCUGCGCGCGCUGUACAGAAGCUGCGGUCCGACCAGAGGCCACGGAGAGGCUAG